CUAUUCGGAGCGCGCCACGGGGUUUUCUCGGGUUGCGCGCAGGGGCGAGGAGUCCAUCGCGAUGCCUAUUCAAAAGGGAAAAAGGUGUGAGUCGAUUCCUGGAACCGACUCCUUCAAGUCCCGUUUAUAACCACUGAAUCAGAAUCGGAGUCGACUCAGAAUUCUGGAGUCAAGUGAUACAUUGAGUAUGAAUGGAAGUAAAACUACACUACCCACAAACCCACUCGUUUCCAUAGCAACCAGGCAUUCUUUUAGAUGCAUAGGCAGAGAUGUGAACUUAACGUGGAUAAUGUACUGCCACCUUUACAAGAGAGAUAAAGGAACAAACAGAAGAAUUCAUGGAGUUUAAUGGACGGACUGUUCCUCUGUUCCAGUCGGCCAGUGACAGGAGUUUUAUGAAAUCACUGAAAGAGUUUAUAAAGACUGAAAAAGAGCAGUUAUGCUGUCCUGAUGAAGGACCUGAUGAACAGAGAUAUACCAUUUACAGCACAGCUUUCGAUAAGAUAAUCGACUACGCUACAGCUUACAAAGCCAUUCUCACAGCCAUCAAGAAAGAAUACGAUGACUCCGUUGCCUUGGUGAAGGACGAUCAGCAUCAGGCUCAGCUUGCUCAUGGAAAACUGAAGGCCAUGCUGGCUCAACCCACAUCCUUCAUGUACUAUCGUAGAAGAGCUGAUCAGCUGCAGGAGAGGAUUGCAACCAUUCAGAGAAACACUGCAGAUUUACAGUCAGAGAUAAAAAGGCUUCAAGAGUCCAGAAGUAAACAACAAAAUUCCCAACAACAGGAAACGUUAGAGCUCGCACUUCCUGCCGGUCCAAUACCAGGUCUUACUCUGAGUGAGUCGUUAAAUCCAGAAUCCUUGGAUAAACAUCUGGAGCAUUUGGAGCGGAAGAGAAUCGAAUUGUUGAAUAAGAAACAGAGCCAGUGUGUUCCAGUGCAGGUCCGGAUCGAACUGGAUGUAAAAAUGAAGGCUGUAUUGAACCAAAGGGAUGAACUUUCUGUAGAGAACGACAAACUGUUGCUCAGGUAUAAACAGCUGACGUACCUGAAGGAAACCAUCAGCCGUUGGGAAAAAUCAGGAAGCCGAGCUCCUCUCCUCGAGUUCCUCUCCUCUGAACUGAAGCAUGUGUCGGAAAUCAAAGUCUCCGAAGAUGACCGCCUCGGCUUCCUGGCUGAAAGUUCAGAAUAUGAUGAUCCUGGAAAAAUCCAAGAAUCGAAACGUCUGGCGGAUUACGUCGAGAGGUUUGUCCAGCUGUUUCAAUCCGGCGACUACGAAACUGCUGCUUUUCACGCCGCCACUUCUCCUCAUGGAGUCCUGAGGAACAUCGACGUCCUGGAGAAAUUCAAAGCGAUCACAUCGUACCAGGAAGCGGUUCAUCCUGUUCUGCUCUUCUUCCGGAUCUUGAUGAUCUCGGCGCCGCCUGGGAAACCACUGCCGGAAAAGUUGUCUGUGGAGGGGGUCUGGUGCGCCCUGCAGCACGGCUACGUCGAGCUGGUGAUGUUUGGCGUGUCUCAACACAGGCUGACCUACACUGAGGAGUUAGGUGAUCUGCUCUGUAGCCAUGGACAUGAUGACCUACGUGUAGUGGACACCUGCUUAGCCCUUGCUCAGAUGGUUUACUCGGCCUGCGGCGUGAGCAGAAAAACCGCACUGAGCAUGUGCAAGAGAGGCCUGACUGGAGCAGCUUUAGAGUUUAUUUACAACAACAAAGAAUUCACAAUCGAAGACUGUGUGUUCGUGUUGAGGGAACUUCCCAGCGUGGCUCUGCUGCAGGAUUUCACUCAGCCAUGUGACGGAACGCCGGCGCUGAUGUCCGUUGGGUUUAUCUGCCGUUAUCUUCUCAACUCUGACCUGGAGGAUCUGGCCUUCCAACUGCUGGAGCAGAUUCAAGCUGGAGGACAAGGUGUGUUCGAGAAAACCGUGCUGGAGGAUGACAUGUGCAGCGUGGACGGCUGGAGCGAAGUCGCCACCCGAUGCGAGCAAACCGGCCGGCUUUCCCUGGCGCAGGACAUCACCUCCAUACUGCUGCUCCAGAACGGAGCGGUGCGUCUCUCUCCAGACCUGGAAGGCGCUAAGCUCAUGGAGCAUGUCUUCAUGUAGAGAACUGACCACCAGGUGGAGCCCGUGAGUCGGCUUUUUUUUUUUCAAGUACAAGGAGAUCAUCGUAAUUUCCUGUUCAGUGCAUCAGCACUUUUUUAUCGAACACACCAUGCACAUGGAGAGGAGAUAACUGUAAAAAUAAAUAAAUAAAUAAAUAAAUUAAAGACGUCACUGUGUUUUAGCUCAGAUGUGUACAGGUCACUGUCGCUGUUAUUUUUUUAUGCAGAGGAGAGAGAAGGCCAGCUUUGUGAUCUCCCCCGCAGCACACUGAGCUCUUUGUCACGUCGCUUAGCCUCUAUGGUAACAAGACACAUGAAAGCAAGUGACGCCUCCUCAGUCUACAAACACCCACAUUCACUGAUCAUUUUCUCACAGAAAACACACACACACACACACACACACACAGAACCUAGUCAUUAUCCACAAACACACACAGCACA